AUUCUAUUUUUUUUUCUUAAAGUGAAGAAGCGUGUGAAGGCCCAUCGUGAACAUACUAUAGAAGUUGGGGGAAUAACUUUAGAGAUAAGAAUUUUGUCGGAUUCGGAGUUGGCGGUGGUUGAUGCUGCAGAAACAAUGUUUACAAAAAAUGCAAUAGGCUCACUUUCAACUUCACUUUCUUCAAACUUUUUGCCCGUUCAGAAUAAUUCUAAAAACAAGCAUGAGGGAAGCUAUGCGGCUGGUUAUGAAAGUGGUAGAAAAAAGAUAUUUCUUGAGGUUUCUGCCACCUUGAAUACUGACUUGCUCACUAAAGAGCAGAGAAAUCAGGUGAUCCCUUUAUAUCCCACCUUACUCAUAGACAGAGCGUCAAGUCGUCUUGGUAUUGAAAAGGUGGUGGGACCCUAUGAGGAUAUUGAAAAGUUACACUGUCAUUUUGAGAAUCUCCUUAGAGACCAUCGUGACAGUAAUUUUUUGCAACCUAAAAAGCAGGAGAACUGUGUUGAAGGAAGGGAAGAUCACAACAGAAGAUACAGGAGUGAUUUGGAAGAUCUGGCCAAGAUGGAAGUUCCUUCAGGUAUCUUUGAAUAUUUUGGACAAGCCUACAAGGAAGAAAUUAAAAAAACUGAGGAGGCGUUCAAUGUAAAAUUAGUCACAGGCAACACUGAGAAUGGAAUUACUUCUGUCUGGUUUUCUUCAAUGGGGGUACCAAACUUUACUAAGAAAGCUCAGGAGGAGUUUGUCCUGCUUUUCCAGAAAGUAGCAGGAGAUUUAAAACAGGAAACGGUGCCUUUCAUUGAGAGCCAUGCAUGUGAGAUGAUAAAAAGCAAAUGCAAACACACUAUUAUUAUAAAACACAAGGACACAGCUGUUCUUCAAGGCCCCACAAAGGAAGUUUUAGACGCAAAGGCAUUGUUGGACGAAAUGACAGCAAAGAACCAGAAUAAAAAAAAGGAUCCCCACGUACAGCCACCUGGCUUUGAAGUUGAUGCUGCUGUAUUUGCAUUUCUCAGACCAAAGUUAAAUCAGACAAUUGAAUUAAUAAACAACCACUAUUGUACUAAAAUGGAGGAGGAACAUUGCGACAACGACCUCUUAACACGCAUCAUUUUUAUGCCCCAGAAGUAUGCAGCUUUAGAUCAUUCUUCACAAGCUUCUGAGGGUUUUCAGUAUCAAUACCUGAUGUAUUUAGAAAGUCCACAAACAAAAAAAAUUCCUUUGAAACCUCUCGAAGAUUGGAAAAGAAAUUGCAAGGAUUUAUUUACGUAUUUCCAACAGAAACAUCCCGAAGUAAAGCUAUCUCUAAAGGAAAACUACCUGUACAUUUACGGUCUUCCCGAACAUAUAUUGGUUGCUGAGAAGCACAUCAUGGAAUCUCUAAAUAGGGGAGAAUUUGUAAAUAGUGAAGCAACGGCCAUUCCUGAUUCCAAUGUUGGGGCUGCCACAGGCACCUCCUUUGGGCCAAGACAUUAUAAAAUGCAGCAGGUUCCUUCUCAGGAGCAGCCAGCAGGGAAGGCAACGGAAGUCCAACAAGAUGGAUUAUGUCCCAUCUGCCUGAAAACAAUCCACCAGAAAGAAAUGCUACCUAAAUGCAAGCAUGAAUUUUGUGCACCAUGCAUACAAAUGGCAAUGACUUACAGAAAGAUCUGCCCUGUGUGCAGUGUUGCCUAUUGGGAUAUAAAAGGAAAUCAUCCCACAGAGGAAACACAGGUGGUCAUGAAGUCCCUGAAUAGUGAAGAAUUUGUAGCUGCAAAUAGUAAAGCAGCCGCAAUUCCUGAUUCCAGUCUUGGGGCUGCCACAGGCACCGCCUUUAAAAUGCAUCAGGUUCCUUCUCAGAAGCCGCCAGUAGGGAAGGCAACGGAGGUCCAACCAGAGGAGUGCUGUCCCAUCUGCCUGAAUACAAUCCACCACAAAGAAGUGCUACCCAAAUGCAAGCAUGCGUUCUGUGCAGCCUGCUUGGGAAGAGCAAUGAAUUACAAACCGGUCUGCCCUGUGUGCAAUGUUGUCUAUGGGAAUAUAAAAGGAAAUCAGCCCCCAGGGAAAAUAGAUAUCUUCAAAACUAGAAGCUCCUUGCCUGGUCAUAAGGAUUCUGGAACCAUCGUUAUUACUUACAAUAUAUUUGACGGCAUUCAGACAGAAAGGCAUCCUAACCCAGGGAAACAUUUUCAUGGAACGGUGCGCACAGCAUACUUACCUGACAACAAAGAAGGAAGAGAAAUUCUGAAAUUGCUGCAACGGGCCUUUGACCAAGGUUUGAUUUUCACAGUAGGCCAGUCGCGAACAACUGGUGUGGAUGACGUGGUUACUUGGAAUGACAUUCAUCACAAAACUAGUACUCACGGAGGCGAAAAAUAUUUUGGUUACCCUGAUCCUAAUUACCUGAAACGUGUUAGAGAAGAGCUGAAGGCAAAAGGAAUUGAAUGAGUAUUUUAGUUUCCGUGAGCAGUCCAGAAUUUCUAGCUUGUCCUCAUUUAUAUCAUUUUAAUUUAGUAAAGGAGGAUUAAUU